AUGCGCAAGCCUCUUAUGCGCAUUCCCUACACGGAACUCCUGGCUCCCCCCACAGUCCGUCCAAGCAACGCAAACACCAUCCCCGGCGCUGUCGCGGCCCUCCAGAACUUCUUCACAGCUCCGCCGCCAAAGGGGCUGCCGAGGUCAACAGUUGUCCUGACUGGGGCUGGCCUAUCUGUCUCGAGCGGCCUCGCUGAUUACCGAGGAGUCAAUGGAACUUACCGCGUGAACAAGACUUACCGUCCCAUCUACUACCAUGAGUUUCUCUCAAACCACGAAGCAAGGAAGAGGUAUUGGGCCAGAAGUUUCCUAGGAUGGACCUCACUGCACAAGGCUUCGCCAAAUCAGGGUCACUAUGCUAUUCGAGAUCUCGGCCAGCUGGGUUUGAUUCGCAGUGUCAUCACUCAGAACGUCGAUUCGUUUCACUCCAAAGCUCAUCCUGAUAUUACAACUUUAGAGUUGCACGGCUAUCUCAGGUCUACCGUUUGUGUAACUUGCAGGAACGAGUACCCCAGAGACACUUUCCAGGAUGAGUUGGCGAGACUCAACCCGGCGUGGGCGGCGUUCCUCGCCGAAGCUUUAGCUUCUGGGGCUCUUGAUACGGAGAAUCCUGCCGAGCGCAGGGCCAAGGGCAUACGGACCAAUCCUGACGGAGACGUUGACCUACCAGGCGCUCCCUACACCACCUUUAGAUACCCAGCCUGUCCGCACUGUCUUGCGCAUCCACCAUCCACUCCCGAAGGUGCUAAGCACGUAGUUGAGACUGACCAUGAUGGUGCUUGGAAGUCCACCAGUUCGGCCGGGAUUCUGAAGCCUGCCGUAGUCAUGUUUGGUGAGAGUAUCGCAAAUGAGGUCAAGACGGCUGCCGAGGAGGCCAUUGACGGUGCCGGUAGGCUCCUGGUUCUUGGGACCUCGCUCGCCACCUACUCUGCCUGGCGGCUAGCUAAGAGGGCUCUCGACCGAGGUAUGCCCAUUGCAAUCGUUAACACGGGGGGCGUUCGAGGCGAGGAACAGAUCUCUGCGGUGCUUGACCCAGAUCCGACAGGGGCUGCAGGAGUUCGGACAGAAGUAUCCACUGAUGUCGUGCUUCCGGCGCUGGUCGAGCAGCUACGUCAGCUGUCAACAACCAGCGCCUCUGUUCCAGGAGGGGGCGUGAAAACCCCAAAGGAGAACCAUGGCGUGUUUAAAGAUAUGUUGUCAUAG